CAUUGAAACUGCAAAACAUAUUUUUUCUUCUUUGAAGCUAACGCCUUUCUUUUUCUUCUUUUUUUUUUGACUAAUCUCUCUCUCAACUUAACCGCCGUCAUCAUUUCCAUUUUCUUUGAGCUUAUCAAUCUCUUUCUGGACUACCCAGUUUGUAAUUUCGUCUGAAUUGUAUCAAAGGCCAAGGCAUAGACCUAGAAUUCUUGAAUUAGAAGCUUGGGACAUUUGUUCUUACAUAGGAUUUUAAUUAAGAGAGAAAAAUGCCAGGAACUAGUGAAGAAAUGAAUCAGAAUUCUCGUGCCAAUGGCUUGAUCCAGAACUCUAAUGGUUCUUUAGAAGAGAAACUUGAUGAGCUUCGACAUCUGAUGGGAAAAAUGGAAGGCGAUCCGUUGAGAAUUGUUGGCGUCGGGGCAGGUGCUUGGGGUAGUGUUUUCACUGCUUUGCUGCAAGACAGUUAUGGUCACCUGAGAGAUAAGGUUUUGAUAAGAAUAUGGAGGAGACCUGGAAAGAUAGUUGAUAAGGCCACAGCUGAACACUUAUUUGAAGUGAUCAAUUCGAGGGAGGAUGUGUUGAGGAGACUGAUUAGGCGGUGUGCUUACUUGAAGUAUGUUGAGGCAAGAUUAGGCGAUAGGACACUGUAUGCAGAUGAGAUUUUGAAAGAUGGUUUCUGCUUGAAUAUGAUUGACACUCCUCUUUGCCCUUUAAAGGUUGUUACUAACUUGCAAGAAGCUGUUUGGGAUGCUGAUAUUGUAAUUAAUGGCUUGCCAUCAACUGAAACUCGCGUGGUGUUUGAGGAAAUUAGAAGGUAUUGGAAAGAAAGAAUAACAGUGCCCAUAAUCAUAUCUCUGGCAAAGGGUAUAGAAGCUGAGUUGGAGCCUGAACCUCGCAUAAUAACUCCUACCCUGAUGAUCAGUCGAGCAACUGGAAUCCCCAUUGAGAACAUUCUCUAUCUUGGAGGACCUAAUAUUGCUUCAGAGAUUUACAAUAAAGAAUAUGCUAAUGCUCGAAUUUGUGGGGCUGAAAGGUGGAGGAAACCAUUGGCAAAGUUCUUAAGGCAGCCCCACUUUAUUGUGUGGGACAAUGGUGACCUGGUUACUCAUGAAGUUAUGGGUGGUUUGAAAAAUGUCUAUGCCAUUGGAGCUGGGAUGGUAGCAGCUCUAACCAAUGAGAGUGCCACCAGCAAAUCAGUAUACUUUGCACUGUGUACGUCUGAGAUGAUAUUUAUCACUCAUCUCUUGGCAGAAGAGCCUGAAAAACUUGCUGGGCCUUUGUUGGCCGACACUUACGUAACCCUGUUGAAAGGUCGUAAUGCCUGGUAUGGGCAACAGUUGGCUAAAGGGGGACUGAGCCUUGAAAUGGGUGAUAGCAUCAAGGGGAAGGGUAUGAUUCAGGGUGUCUCUGCUGUGAAAGGCUUUUAUGAGCUGCUUAGUCAGUCCAGCUUAAGCGUCCAACACCCCGAAGAAAACAAACCAGUUGCUCCUGUGGAGUUUUGCCCCAUCUUGAAGAUGCUAUAUAAAGUACUCAUCACAAGGGAGUUCCCAUUACAAGCCAUCCUUGAUGCAUUAAGGGACGAAACCAUGUAUGAUCCAAAAGACCGAAUUGAGAUAGCACAAACUCAUGUGUUCUACAGACCAUCCCUUCUCGGUCAUCGGCCUUGAUGAAGAGAAAGAUGAUGAUCCGAUUGGCUUCAUCUUGGGAUGUGAAUUUCAUAAACAAACAUCACUAGUGUAGGUUCUAUUGUUAAAAACUAGGUGUUGCGGUGGUGGGUCAAUCCUUAGAAAUGUGAUGACUGAUAUUAAUGUUCUUUCAAUUCCUAUUGCUUUUGUGUUAUCCAUUUGUAAAAACUAGUUCUUAAUGUACUUCUGAUUAUUUCUUUAUUUGUUUUGAAUGUAUACGUAAUAUAUCUUUGUUUAA